CACAGUCACAGCUUCUGUCACACACAGGCAGCUGCAUGAACUGUCAGCUACUUAUCUGGACAGAAAAUGGCCAAACAGAAGGACAAAAGACGAGAGAAAAUCAGCGUCGCCACCGAGAUUGACCGGCUGGAGGAGCGACGGGCCCGAUGCCAGGACAACCUGGAGAGAGCCGAGUUCAGGAGCAGGAAGGAGAAGCUGUCUGAGAAGGACAGACAAGAACUGGAAGAUGAAAUGGCCAUCAUGAAUGAGAGGGUGCAGAAGCUGGACCAGGAGCUGGAGACGUUACGAGGCGAGAACCGGAGGAACAUGCUGCUGUCGGUCGCUCUGCUGGCCGUCAGCGCUCUCUUCUACUACAUGUUCUUCUACAAUGAAGAGGACUCAUGAUACCAUCUCAGAGGGACCCACCCGUCUUUAAAAGAGCAACCAGCUCAGAACUAUGCUGUUGUGAGGAGAUAUCUGAGGUCAAGAUUGUGGGCACAAGGAUGAAACACAUGCAGAAGAGCCAAAGAGCUUUGUUGAUGAAAUACCUCAGUUGUGCCUCCAGAUGGCGUCAUUACAGUUUGCUCAUCAGACUGGGUUCAUCCUGCAGUCACAGCCCAGCACAGCUCCAUCAUAUCUGCAAAGUGUUCUCUGUUGCAAGUUUGUCUUCUCUUUUCUCUGGCAACACACUCGCUGUGCUUUCUAAGUGACAUCAUUGUGCACAGCAUCCCAUCCUGCAUGCAGCUCAGCAGGCUUCGUAUGAGGUUCAGAAGUGAGCGUCCUGUCUUCUCCUCAGCUUGGGUACGGUUUUUAGUUUCCUUGCUGCUGUUUAGGUCUUAUUGCAGACUGACAUUCAAG